CCCUACAUCCUCCACUUGCGCCUCCAUCCUCCGCGCCCUUUUCCACUCGCGCCGCCGCUCGUCCCCGCGUCCGAGCCUGCUGUUUGGGAAGGUCGCACUCGCAUCGCACGUCUGAAGAAGAAACCGGCCGGCACUCAGGGAGAGGGAGGCCCGGCCGGCGACGAUGGCGGAAGACCGCAGCUGGAUGUACACGGGCCGCCAGAGCAGGAAGAAGUUCACCCCCGAGUGGUUGGAGAAGACGACCGAGUUCGUGGAGCGCGCCUUCCGCAUCCUCCCGCCGGGGCGCCAUGCCGUCGUGCUGUGCCCCUGCGCUCGCUGCGAGUUCAGGCUGUACAGAUCGAAGGACGAGAUUCAGUUGCAUCUGUUCAAGAACGGGUUCGCGCCAGGGUACACGGUGUGGGUGUACCACGGCGAGCGCCACAACCCCCAGCCUGCUAAGCCGUCAGACGACCACCCCAAAGAGAAUGGCGAUCUCAACGGGAUGAAGGAUGGCGCCGGCGGUGGCGAGCAAGCGUCGAAAUCAGCGCAGGGGACCAAGAAGUGGGCGUGUGCAAGAGGCAAGCCACCAAAGAAGGAUCAACUGUGGGCGCGGGCUGCGCCGCAGGGAGAGGGAGGCCCAGCGACGAUGGCGGACGACCGCAGCUGGAUGUACACGGGCCGCCAGAGCAGGGAGUCCAUCACCCCCGAGUGGGUGGAGAAGACGACCGAGUUCGUGGAGCGCGCCUUCCGCGGCGUCCCGCCGGAGCGCCAGGACGUGGGCAUGCUGUGCCCCUGCGCGCGCUGCCGCAACCGCAACAGGCGGCCGAGGACCAAGUACGCCAUGCAGCUGGAUCUGGGCAGGAACGGCUUCAUGCCAGGGUACACGGUGUGGGUGCACCACGGCGAGGGCCACAACCCCCAGCCUGCCAAGCCGUCCGACGACCAUGGUGGCGGCGAGCAAGUGUCGAAACCGCAGGGGACCAAGAAGUGGGAAAUGCCCUUGCUUGAGGCGUAUGCAAGAAGCAAGCUACCAAAAGAGGAUCAAAUUAAGUGGAGCUACCAAAAAUACCUGUGGGAACAAGAGAAAAUCAAGCAGCAGCAGAGUGCACCAAAGACAAAGAGGCUGCGCACCUCCGGUUCGCCCACUGCCAAGCCUGCUGAAGAUGAAGGGCGCAAUGUCAGCGUCCCGGAGCCUGAACUUGAAGAUACGGCAACGUCAACAGCUGAUGGCCCUGCAGCUAAUCCGGCGACUACAGCCAACGCGCAAGGAGUUCAAAUCCCAGCUGGACCGACGGCUCGUCCCAAGCGCAAGACUGGCCCGCCCGGGUGGCAUUCCGUGUAACGGCCACCUCCUUUAGCUCCUCCUGUACUUGGCGGUUAAGAACUGGGCGGCUAAGGCCGAUGUAAGCACUAGCUGUGUGUGUGGAUUAAUCAGCUAGUUAAACUUCUUCUAGAUCUCUCCUGCCGGCGUAGUUUUGGGCCUACUGGUGGUCGUCGGCAUGCCUCGGUUGUAAGGGUGGUGUACUGCACUUUCAGUAGUUUAAUUUGCUUCCAGAGAA